CAGCGCGCCCCCUCGGUGCGCGGGCACAGCAGCCAAGCAGCCAGAGAGCAGAUCUCGGGGAUUCGGGUGCGGAGCCCUUGGCCUGGAAGCGAUAUGGGUGGUCCGAGGCCCGGUUCAGUCGCUUGCAACAGCCAGGGGAACAGGCCUGUCUGGCCCUGAGGGAGUCUUCUUUCUGAAGCUGUGGUGCUUGGAUGACCUGCUCUCUACGUGGCCAGCACCUGUAGGUGUCCCUCAAGAGCUCAGUUUUGAGGUUCCAGUCAGUGUGGCCAUGAAGGGGCUGCCUAUUGGGCUGAUGCUGUGACCCUGGAAUCUGCCUUUCCUGCCAGUCCCCCUGCCCAGAACAUGUGGCUGUGGCUUGGCCUGCCCUGGCUGCCCCUGAGCCCCAAGCCCACAGUUGGCCGGAGCCUGUGCCUCACCCUGUGGUUCCUCGGCUUGGUGCUGAGGGCCAGUACACAGGCCCCAGCGCCCACAGUCAAUACUCACUUUGGAAAGCUAAGGGGUGCCCGGGUACCAUUGCCCAGUGAGAUCCUGGGGCCUGUGGACCAAUACCUGGGGGUGCCCUACGCAGCUCCUCCGAUCGGCGAGAAACGCUUCCUGCCCCCUGAACCACCCCCAUCCUGGUCGGGCAUCCGGAACGCCACACACUUUCCCCCAGUGUGCCCCCAGAACAUCCACACAGCUGUGCCCGAAGUCAUGCUGCCUGUCUGGUUCACUGCCAACUUGGAUAUCGUCGCCACUUACAUCCAAGAGCCCAAUGAAGACUGCCUCUACCUGAAUGUCUAUGUGCCCACGGAGGAUGUAAAGCGGAUUUCCAAGGAAUGCGCCCGAAAGCCCAACAAGAAAAUUUGUAGGAAAGGAGGAUCCGGCGCUAAGAAACAGGGCGAGGACUUAGCGGAUAAUGACGGGGAUGAAGAUGAAGACAUCCGGGACAGUGGUGCUAAGCCCGUCAUGGUCUACAUCCAUGGAGGCUCUUACAUGGAAGGGACAGGCAACAUGAUUGAUGGCAGCGUCCUCGCCAGUUAUGGCAACGUCAUCGUCAUCACCCUCAACUAUCGGGUUGGGGUGCUAGGUUUCCUGAGCACUGGAGAUCAGGCUGCCAAGGGCAACUAUGGGCUCCUUGACCAAAUUCAGGCACUCCGCUGGGUGAGUGAGAAUAUUGCCUUCUUCGGUGGCGAUCCCCGUCGUAUCACAGUCUUUGGCUCAGGCAUCGGUGCGUCCUGUGUCAGCCUCCUCACGUUGUCACAUCACUCUGAGGGGCUUUUUCAGAGGGCCAUCAUCCAAAGUGGUUCUGCUCUAUCCAGCUGGGCUGUGAACUACCAACCAGUGAAGUAUACCAGCCUGCUGGCAGACAAGGUGGGCUGUAAUGUGCUAGACACAGUGGAUAUGGUGGACUGUCUUCGGCAAAAGAGUGCCAAGGAGCUAGUAGAACAGGACAUCCAGCCAGCCCGCUACCAUGUGGCCUUUGGCCCUGUGAUUGAUGGUGAUGUCAUCCCUGAUGACCCUGAGAUUCUCAUGGAACAGGGUGAGUUCCUCAAUUAUGACAUCAUGUUAGGUGUCAACCAGGGUGAGGGGCUCAAGUUUGUGGAAGGGGUGGUGGACCCUGAGGAUGGUGUCUCUGGCACUGACUUUGACUAUUCCGUCUCCAACUUUGUGGACAAUCUAUAUGGAUAUCCUGAGGGUAAGGAUACCCUGCGGGAGACCAUCAAGUUUAUGUACACAGACUGGGCAGACCGUGACAACCCUGAGACCCGCCGUAAAACACUGGUGGCACUCUUCACUGACCACCAGUGGGUGGAACCCUCAGUGGUGACAGCUGAUCUGCAUGCCCGCUAUGGCUCACCUACCUACUUCUACGCCUUCUACCAUCACUGCCAGAGCCUCAUGAAGCCUGCUUGGUCAGAUGCAGCUCAUGGGGACGAAGUACCCUAUGUUUUCGGUGUCCCUAUGGUGGGCCCCACUGACCUCUUCCCCUGCAAUUUCUCCAAGAAUGACGUUAUGCUCAGUGCUGUUGUCAUGACCUACUGGACCAACUUUGCCAAGACCGGGGAUCCCAACAAGCCGGUCCCCCAGGACACCAAGUUUAUUCACACCAAGGCCAACCGCUUUGAGGAAGUGGCCUGGUCCAAAUACAACCCCCGAGACCAGCUUUACCUUCACAUCGGGCUGAAACCGAGGGUUCGAGAUCAUUACCGGGCCACUAAGGUGGCGUUUUGGAAACACCUGGUGCCCCACCUAUACAACCUGCAUGACAUGUUCCACUAUACGUCCACAACCACCAAAGUGCCACCCCUGGAUACCACCCACAGCUCCCACAUCACCCGAAGGCCCAACGGCCUUGCCCUAACAGACCUCCCAGCUGGGUGCCUCUGCAGGCUAGGAAUCACAACAGCUCUCCGCCUCCUGUGCCUUUAAACUGAUACAUGUCUGGGCUGCGCUCUGCUGGACCCGCAUGAAGGCCUCUCCAAUCUUCAUCAGGUUGCUGUCCCCACCCCCAGGGCCAUGGGUUCCUGCUGCUGAAGCCUUCUCUUAGUGCCUCAGGGCCUCCUAAUGAAAUAGCAAAAAUAACACUUCUUUCUCCUCUGCAUGCCAUCACGCUGCUGCCGCCUCCAUCCGUGCUGCCACUGCCACCAGGGCCACCACCCUGCCCUCAUCCUGGACAGGGGGCUGGGAGGAGGUUUGACCUCUAACAUGCUGAAAUUCCUACUCAUAUCUGAAUCCAGUGAGGCAUCAGGUCUGUAGACUCCCUUGCCUUGGGUGACUGACAGAGCAAGGGCCCUCUCCUCCCCAGAGAUGCUUGUGUCCUAUUCUGGUCAUUGGAAUUGGAGAAGUUCAUUGGGGCCCUGGGAGCAGUUUCUCUCCAGGAUUAUAAUCAGUGACUCCCUAUCAACCUUGGGGGACAGAUUCAAUGAGGUUCUACAGGGUUAGCAUUAUGGUAUUUCAUAUUAUUCUCAAUGACUUGAAGGGCUGAACCAGCUCAACAAGUGUGACAGUUGGGUAGGGUUGCUGAUACCUCAGAAACCAAGAAUAUAAUUCUUCUAAAUGACCCUGACAAAAUGAGGGAGAUGAACCAACACAACAGGAUGAUGUUCAGAGGGGAUGAACACAAGGUAGUAUAAGGACCAAAAGAGAGAUGGGCAAUGAUUGACUUGACACAGUAUAGUUAAAAAAGAAAAAAGAACCGGGGGCAGAGUGUCAGGGUGGGUCACAGCUGAAUGAGUUCAUAGUGUAGAAUUUAUUUCUACUCUCUCCCCUUUUCUCUUCUUUCCCAAACUAAAAUGAACACUAGCAUAUAAUAACACAAAUAUAGCAUGAAGUGGCUGGGAGGUAAUCAGGCUCUGAGUUUUAGAAUUAGAAGUAGCCUCAGAGUCAUCUGGUCCAACACACUUAUUUUACAAUUGGUAAAAUGGGCCCAGAAAAGUCCAAUGUCACAGUCAGUGUUAGAAACAGACAUGGAGUGCAGUCCAGAAAUAUAUGACCUUUCCCACCGUCCUCAUUUUUUUUUUUUUUUUGCUCUGCCUAGCAUUGGUUAUGCCUUUUAAAGCAUUAAUGUGUCUGGCCUUCGUCAACACAUUUUCAGCAUAUGUGGAAAAGCUGGAGAGGGUCUGGAGAAGAACAAAAACAAUGUGCCAAAGGACUAGUGUGUUGUUUUUUAAUUUAGAAAGGAGGAACAUGGUGAGGAAACAUUAAAUAAUUGUAGAGCACCUACUAAGUGACAAGUGUGUUAUAUCUUUAAAAAGUUAACUCCUAAAUAAGGACAAAGCUGCCAUUUCUUCUGACAAUGAUAGAGGGGAAAAGAUGGUUAGAUACAAGGAAAAACUUUGAUAUGGAUAGGAGGUGAUCAUGGCACUCAGUAAGUUCUCCAAAAUAGUUGAAAAAUGAAUGAAAGACUACUACUAAGGAAAACACUGGUGUUCAUCUUCCUGAAAUCAGAGGGCUGGAUGACAUGAACUUUUUAGGUCAAUUCAGAGUCUUUGUUGUUAUAAUCCUUUGAUUGCUCCAUCUCAGAUAUUACCAAACUGGGCCUCCUCUCUUCUGGUGUGUGUGUGUGUGUGUGUGUGUGUGUGUGUGUGUGUGUGUGCGCGCGCCUCCAAAUUAGGAGGCUUUCUAUUUGGGGAGGAUUUAAACAUUGCCUAUCCUCUAAGAACUCAAGGUCUAUAGCAAACCCAGCUCCAAUUCUAUUUGGGACCCAUCAGUGAGAGAUUACAGUUGAUCUUCAUACCUUUGAAAGGUCUGUCUGGGUUGCAGAAGUGGCCUCCAAGACAGGCAGGGUUUCAAUCAAAUUGUAGUCAGUGCUAUGCUGGGGUAGCUUGAGGGUUCAUAGCCCCAUUACUGAUAGCCAGCCUUGAGCCUAGCUAAAAAACGCAGCUCUUUGUUUGGAGAGGGGCUGAGGAUAUACUUGGAUUUUAUUUCCCAUUGCAAAAAUCAUUAGUGCCUAGAAUGAAUGUAUCCAACCUGCAUUCCUAGAUUUAUCUGGUUUCUGUAUUAGUCCUUUUGGGAGCUGGACAAAGCUAUCUUGAGGUCUAAAUUUGUGGUGUGUGUUAAAAGCCAGAUGUUGGUCACUGUAAAAAUCUCCAUAGAAAGCAAGUAUGAUUGUCAAGACUAUAGGCCUGGCCCUGUGCUAGUUUAGAUACUGUGAGGGAUAGAAGAUACCCGCUUUGAGGUGCAUACUAUCAGGAAGACAAAACUGAACUAUGAUAAAAAUGAGUGAAAUGCAUAAUUUAGCAUGUGACUUCAAUUGUAUGGUUAAGGUUAAAGGGGCUAGAGAAAUUGCAAGACGAGCUGGGCGAGGGUGACUUUUGGGGGACAUAGUAGGCAUUCCAAAUUGGGAGAAAAGGCUCGGCCAGAACAACCACACCAGAAGGUCUAGGCAUGCUUAAGUUGCAGUGAGGAACUGACCUGACUGAAGUAAAGGGUUCAAGUUAAAUAGUUGGACAUCAGAUUGGAAAGGCAGGUUGCGGAAGUCUUUAUAACAGCAGAAGUGUUUGGGUGUUAUCGGAUGAGUGAUGGGAUGCCCUGACUUUUCCUUUUGCUAAUGGUUUUAUAGAGAGAACACAAAACCUCCUCAGCUCCUCUUUUACUCCUUCUCUUCUGUGAGGAGAAGGAUUUCUAGAGUAGAAAGGACAGAGUGAGCACCCAAGAGAGGCUCCUAAAGGCAGUUUAUUCCAAAAGAGCCUUUUGCUGCUCUGAGUAAUUUCAUCUCAUACUCUGGAUCAAUAACAGCCCAGAGCAUUGUGAGGACUUGCAGCUCAGGUUGCAGGACAGCUAGUGGUAGCUGUUAUAAUCCCAUAGAAAGUGAAGAAGAUGCACACUGCAACUUAGAGAUGGGCAAACAUGGCUCCACAGUUUUACAAAUAGGAAGAGAUGAAUUCCAUAAACUAUAGAUCAAAACAUUUAAUAUUGAUUGAGGGCAAGAGUCUAGGACAAAUGAGUAAAAGGAUGGUUGGUGAGCACUUGCAAAAGGAAGUGAAGAUUGCUCAGCCCCUGCAUGGAUUCAGGAAAAACAAAUCAUCCCCCACUCAGCUCAUUUCCUUUGAAAGGGUGACUGGAUGGGUAGAUGAGGAGAAUGCUACAUCUACAGUGUAUCUGGAGUGCAACAAAACAUUAUCUUAGGAUACUCUUGGGACAAUAUGCAGGAAUAUGAGGUGGAUAAAGAUAGGUGUGUGCAGAUUCUUAACCAAUUGAAUGACUACACACAAAAAGGUUCUGUUUUAAUGUCUCUAGAUCAAAUUUGAAUAUUACAUAUACAUGGGAGAGAAAACCAAAAUGACAGAAUCAGAAUUCAUAGAGAUGUCCAGAGGCUGGUAUGAUGGACUCACUAUAGCAAAAUAGAACGUAACAGGGACAUAACCUUUCUAUGAUACAUUUUCCUGCUCUUAUUUCCAGGUUCCUAGGCAUCCAGUAAAAAGGUUUAGGGCUAAGGCAGUAAAAGAUGUCCCACAGAGAACUUAGGAGCAAGAGCCCAGAGGAAGACCCUUAGAACAUAUAUGGGAAACAUGUAAGCUUUCCUCUUACAUGUUAAAUACCUGGGGAGGGCAGCCUGGCACAAGACUGCAAUUCCGGUGGAUCAACUAGAAGAGCUCAACAAUUGCAAUGCAAUCAUUACUGGAAGAUGGAGAACCCCAGGACCUCUGGGUUACAACGAACUCACCAGAACUGAUUAUCAAUUCUGUAUUCAGAACUAGAAAGACAAUAGUGAGCAAGAUGGAUGUAGUCUUGAACCUCACAGAUAAGAUAAAUAUUCAACAAAUAUGUACAAAUAUGAAGUUUAUUCCAAUAAAGAUUAGUCUGUGAAAAACAAGAAAGUUAGCAGGAACAAAUAUAAAGUCACUCAUUUGAAUUCCAAAAUGUAAUAGUAUAGCCCUAACCAGUUUGGCUCAGUGGAUAGAGCAUCAGCCUGCGGACUGAAGGGUCCCAGGUUCGAUUCCA